AUGGCCCAGCAUGUCCACCGCAGAUCGGGAAAUGCUCGACGUCAGCAGUCAGUCGACUUUCCUCGUUAUCCUCCCAUGAAUUCCACAACUCAGACUCAACCAUCCAUGCCUGCUCCCACCCCUAUACAGCCUCCCCCAAACAUACUUUCCUCCGACUAUGAAUCAGACUAUCAAGGCUAUCAAUCAGAUUACCCGACCAGGCCUCCUCCCCCUGAUCGCACCAAUGAAGAGCUGAAUCUUUCAGUACUCAAGCGUCACAAUCCACAAAUAACAGCCAUUCUUUCAAUAGCUCCCUAUGCUGUGGUUUACGAAUUCACCCCUGCACCAGAACCUCAAUGGACAAAGACGGGGGUGGAAGGGUCUUUAUUCAUCUGUGAACUUGCCCCAGGACCUUAUGGUGAAGACAGAUAUUCCGCCAUUGUUCUGAACAGACGUGGUCUGGAUAACUUCGACGCAGAACUGAGGGAGGGGGAAAAUGCUGGCGUUGAAAUCACUGGAGAGUAUGUGAUUCUCAGCUUCAAAGAGGGCCUUCAGCAGAAGAUCUAUGGUGUUUACAUCUUCCACGAUGGUCCUGGAACAUCAACAGAAAACGCCCAAUUACACAAUGGUGACCUGAUGAAGAAACUUGCAGACCAUGCUGGUGCUAGUAAGCAUGCUGCUGAAGCAGCCGCCGCUGCAGCACUGGCCGAUCACACCAAUGGACAUAUGCAAGAAGCCGAGGCCAGUAUAACAAAUCAGUCUGCCAAUGCACCUUCUGCUGCUGGUCAACAAAUCACUCUUCAACAGCUAUUUGGUCAACAGAGAGCAGCAGACUCGGCUUGGAGUGUAAGAGCACAUGAUUAUAGUCAGGCUCCUCCUUCAGAAGGACAAACUGCUUUGGCAGAUUUGUUCCGAAAGGGGACCACUUCUCAAACGGCGCCUCAGCAACCAGAUGUCCUGGGAGACCUCUUUCGUCGAGCUGGAUUGGGCACGACGUGA